CCGCCCCUGUGCGGGAACAGGCACCCUUCCUCUCGGAAGGAAGGUGGGCUGGUCUCGAAUCGCAGUGCUUGUAUGUAUGUACGCUACCUCUGCGGCCCAAGGACUCCUAGACUAUAACAACCGUGGGACAUCUGAGCACCCCUUCUAUGUCUGUCAAUGUGGCGAGCUCGCUUCUGCGUGCUAUUUGCCCAUCAUAUUCAUUCAUUCCUUCGAACUCACUAUAGCCACCUACUUAAUUCUCUCUCUUGGCGUCCUCGGGCUGAAUACGGGAUCGGUUUAGGCGUUUUCCUCGCUUUCUCUGGGGCUUUUAAAUCUGGGGCUCUUACUUCUCUGUUUAUCUAUCCAGUUGGUUGGUCUGCUGUGUUCCGUUGUGUCGUGGCUUUUCACCGGCGUCAUAGGAAGGGACGGGGUUCACUGUCUAUUGAUACCUUUGGUUUUGUUUUUGCUAGCGCAUCUUGCUUACCGGUAGGCUUUUUCUCUCUUUCGCCAAUGCAAUGCAAUCAUCCAAUCACAUUACGUUACUUUUAAAACUUGGUUUUGCGCUCUGUGUUCUGUUGUGUGGUUUUUCUGUGUGCUCCGUCAUCGGGCGGCAAAACGGACGGACGCAGUGGACGUGUUUUG